CAUCAUCUCAGCAUGCAAAAUUUCCUGUCGGUAAAGUGGUGUGACGUGAAAUGUAUGCAUCUUAAGGUAAAUUGUAAUAAAAAUAAUCAGAAAUAGUUCAAAUUACCUCAAUAAGAGGUGAUUUUUAUUUAUUACUUCAUAUUCCGGCAAGGAGGUAAUAGAUAAGGGAACUGUUUUUGAUUACUUCAGUUGGUAAAAGACGAGGAUUAAUCACAGUAGCAUACAUAGCCGUAGGGACGAAAAGGGAAACAGCUUUGACGAAGAUGACGGCCGUUAUUCGCCCCCUAAUAAUAUGCGGACCAUCGGGGGUAGGAAAAAGUACGCUGGUUGCGAAAAUUUUGGAAGAAUAUCCCGAAAAAUUUGGUUUUUCCGUCAGCCACACGACGCGGAAACCUAGACCGGGUGAAAAAGACGGCGUUCAUUACCAUUUCACUACGGUGGAAAAAAUGAAAAAUGCCAUAGCCGAUGGCAAUUUUAUAGAAAGUGCAGUAUUCAGUGGAAAUAUGUACGGUACCAGUAAAAUGGCCGUACAAGAAAUUGCCAAUAAUGGCAAAGUAUGUAUUUUGGACAUCGACGUCCAAGGUGUGAAGCAAAUAAAAUGUACAGAUUUGAACGCGUGGAGUAUUUUCGUAAAACCGCCUAGUUUAGAUGCACUUAAAGAACGAUUAUUGUCUCGAAAGACGGAAACUGAAGAAAGUUUACAGAAGAGGUUAGGAAUCGCCGAAGAAGAAAUAAAAUACGGGAUAACGCCGGGUAAUUUCGAUCUGGUUAUAGUCAAUGACGAUUUCGAAAGGGCUUACAAGGAAUUCAAAGAUUUUAUUGUUAAUAACGUUUUAGUAUUCAGAUGUAAUGUAUAACGCGCUUAUAUUAAUCAGUAUCAUUCCUUUUUUUUAUAUAUAUAUAUAUAUGUAUCUAUAUUAAUAUACAUGAAUCGUUUAAGCUGGA